UUAGAUUGAACUCCUGUUUCUGUGUCUGUCAAAUUACUUAGCUAGCCAAUGUUAGCUUGUUAGCCAAAGGAAUGGCGAGCAGCUGAGCAGUUUCUGCGAAAAUUAUACCAGGACACACGUCAACAUCUCUGUUAAAGGGACAUUUACAGUUUUCUAGCGUACACGCAGCGGAUGGCCCUGACAGCACUUGUCGUGGGACCUACAUAGAAAGAGGGGGACACCAAUCUGAACCUCUGAAUGAGUAAUGAACCUAAACCCCUUCUGGAGCAUGUCUGCCAAUACAAGUCGUAAGAGAUCUGACGGCGAGGACCAGAGUGGGCACGGGGAGCAGAGAGCCAGCCCAGCCCGGCUGCCCUUUGGCAAAAAGCAGCUUCCACCCAUUCCUAAGAAUGCAGCCCCCAUUACCAAGCCUGUGUCAACGGGCACUCCAGCCCAGUCAGCCAAUGGCACACACGCCUCCUAUGGCCCCUUUUACUUGGAGUACUCUCUGCUGGCUGAGUUCACACUAGUGAUUAAGCAGAAACUCCCUGGAAUUUAUGUCCAGCCAUCCUACAAAUCGGCACUAGUGUGGUUUGGGGUCAUAUUCAUCAGACAUGGCUUGUACCAGGAUGGAGUCUUCAAAUUCACCGUGUAUAUUCCAGAUAACUAUCCAGAUGGAGAGUGUCCUAAAUUAGUAUUUGACAUCCCAGUCUUCCAUCCUCUUGUUGACCCCGUGUCUGGAGAGCUUGAUGUGAGAAGAGCUUUCACCAAAUGGAGACGGAAUCACAACCACAUCUGGCAAGUCUUGAUGUACGCACGUACAAUUUUCUACAAGAUCAAUACCACAGAACCGCUGAACCCAGAGGCUGCUGUGCUAUAUGAAAAGGAUGUGCAGUUGUUCAAAAGCAAAGUUGUGGAUAGUGUGACACUAUGCAACAGUCAUCUUUUUGACCAGCCCAAGAUGGAUGAUCCCUACGCAAUAAGUUUUUCUCCAUGGAACCCCGCUGUUCAUGAGGAAGCAAAAGAGCGGAUGUUCACAUGUAAAAGACGGCCUGAGGAUCACCACAAGGGAAUGCAGGUGUCUGGGCUGUCUUGGGUGAAGCCUGGAUCGACGCAACCCUUCAGCAAAGAAGACGGCCCUCCCCAGAGCUGAACCUGCACUGACGCCGCAUCCGCCACUAGAGGGAGGCACAUGCAUUAGAUGCCACGCCACCCGCUUGCCUCAGCUGUUUAUGUGAACUGGAUCCUUGAAACAGUUGGGAGGAUUUUAUGUUAAAUCUCCACCUUAUUGCUCAGCUUUAAAGGUUUCGUAGACAUCUCCUCAAACAGCUUUAGAAUAAGGAAACAAAGUUUGUAUUAUAUGUAAAUCGACGAUGGCAAAUGGAUGUCUCAGCAACAUCAUUUUGGCUGCGAUGCAAUCAAAGAGCUUUCUCAUUUAGAUUUUCAGAUCCAUGCACAUGUUGGGUUAGGUGAUUCAACAUACUGUCCCAAAAAGGAGCUGAAAAGUAUGAGUAAAGCAUUCAUACGGUAAGUAUAGUGGACUACAUGAUCUCUACCACUUGAAAUUGGCUCAGGACUGUUUAUUUGUCAGACUUGAAUGUCGUCAGUCACAGCUGUGUGAAUGAAAUGUCCUAAUCGCCACCCCUCCGAUCACCCAAUUAGAUUGACAUGUUUUAUAUUUGUUUCGUAUUGGACAAUGAUUUCUUCUUAAACCCUCUGUGUAAACUAUCGUCUUACAUAGUUCCUAAUAUAUAAAUAUAUAAAGCAGAGCAGGCAAUUAUGGUUUUAAAUGAGAUGGUAAAUAAGUAAGGUCAUGUAUUUUAUUUUGUCUGAUUUCAAAUCAUUUUGAAUGUUUUAUGUACCUUUUGGUUGUUGGUUAUUAAAGGUUUGAUGUGUAAAUAAUGGAUGCUGUGCUAAGCUUUUAGAGACCUGUCUGCUUUGAUUUUCUAAGUGAAUAUAUUUUGGUUUUCUUUGCAAAUGUUACUCAAGCUUCCUUACAGAUUUCUUCGUCGAGUCAAAAGAAGUCCCUGCAGGAUUCCCACAUAAGAAAAUUCUGACUUUUAUUUUUCUCCGUGUAGUUUCCAAGCUGCACAAAAUGGGAGUUUUACAAGAAUACACCUUUUCUGUUGCGUCAGACAAAUGUCACAUUUUAUGUAACGUCUUCAUCCGACGAUGGGCUCUGGCUUAAUGUUUGGUUGUAUUGCCUAGCCGGUUUUAAUAUGCAACUAUUAUCAAACUAAAGGUGUGGGGGAAAAGGAUGGGAUUUUUAUUUUUUAUUUUUAAAUGUGUGGGAACCCCAGAAAGAAAUGACUAGAAUAGCAGAUCUGGUGCUGAAACCUGAAAAACAAAUCUAUUUAUAGCUGCUGUGAAAGGCAUGGAUGUAACUAAAUGUCACUGUACUUCACAGACUGACAUUUGGGCUGUCGGCAUCUUCAAACAUGAGUUUUAAUGUGUUCAACAUGGACCAUUCCUGCUCCAGUUUGUAAAAGACAUUACUGCAUAGAUGACAUGGGGUUCAAAUGCUUCUCUCUGAAAUCAAUAAAAUGAUCAAGAACUAA